UUUUUCCUUUUUUCUUCCAAAGUGGGGGCUCAGCUGGGGUGGCGAGGGCGGCCGCUGGAGGCGCGAGGGCCUGCCCCCCGGGGAGGGCGGCGUGUGCGCGCCCCGGCGCCCGACGCACAUCUGGGCCGGCCGGUGCUCCGGCGGGCUGCGAGCUCUAACACCUGCGGCCGGGCGGGGACAGCGGGGAGCUGCGCGCUCUUGGCGCUGCCGAUGCGCCGGGCCGGAGGGUGAGGCCGCGCGGCGGGGCUGGGACUCAGUUGCCACCUCCAGAUCGGGCCCGGGGCUGCAAGGGGGUCGCCGCGAUGCCAGGCGAAAAUAUCUUCCUGUUUGUGCCUAACCUCAUCGGUUAUGCCCGGAUUGUCUUUGCCAUCGUUUCUUUCUACUUCAUGCCCUGUUGCCCCCUCACGGCCUCCUCCUUCUACUUGCUCAGCGGACUUCUGGACGCUUUCGAUGGACACGCUGCUCGAGCCCUUAAUCAAGGGACCCGGUUUGGGGCCAUGCUGGACAUGCUGACGGACCGCUGCUCCACCAUGUGUCUGCUGGUCAACCUGGCCCUGCUGUACCCACGGGCCACCCUUCUCUUCCAGCUCAGCAUGAGCUUGGAUGUGGCCAGCCACUGGCUGCACCUCCACAGUUCUGUGGUCCGAGGCAGUGAGAGUCACAAGAUGAUCGACCUGUCUGGAAAUCCUGUGCUUCGCAUCUACUACACCUCCAGGCCCGCUCUGUUUACCCUGUGUGCUGGAAACGAGCUCUUCUACUGUCUCCUCUACCUGUUCAAUUUCUCCGAGGGACCUUUAGUUGGCUCUGUGGGUCUUUUCCGAGUGGGCCUCUGGGUCACUGCCCCUAUCGCGGUGCUCAAGUCUCUCAUCAGUGUCGUCCACCUGAUCACAGCCGCCCGCAACAUGGCUGCCCUGGACGCCGCGGACCGUGCCAGGAAGAAGUGACCCCGGAACCUCCAGCCCCUGGCUGCCCACCUGCCCUGGGAGUCUCGCUGUGCCACGCGGCUCCCCCUCUCACUCCCGCGAGGUCCCAGGCUCACGUCUUCCUAAUGUGUUGUCCGGCCUGCUGGGAAGGGCGUCGGCCUCCUUGGUGAUGCCAUGUUCUCUGAAAUCCUGAGGACCAGUCCCACCAGUAGGAUUCCCCAGGACCUGGACUUCAAAUCAGGAAGGAUGCUCAGGAGGCCCCGCCCAUACGGGCAGUGCUCCUAGGGCACCAAGAGACCUGUCUGAGGACCGGGCAUUGUCGCACCUGCUGGCUCAGCUCUGGGGUCUGGCUUGGCCUGAGGCUUCAGAGACACCUGAAUGAGGGAGAUGGGGUAGGGGCCGGGUUUCUCGACAGGCGGGGAGUCAGGCCUGUGCCCCUGGCCAGAGGAAGCCUGCGGUCCCACGGCCAAGGGAGAAGGAGCCGAGUAGAUCCUUUCCCAUCCCAGCCUCCUGUGUCUGGUCUAUCCCAGCUCUGAAAACCUCUGUAAUAAAGGGGGAGGGGGACGUCACUCUCCAGGAUUUGGUUUCCUUUGAGAUACAGUUGGACCAAGGCUUGGGUUGAGGGGAGCUUGGGGAAAAAGAAGAUUCAUCUGGAUGCUUUCCCCUAGUUGCUUACUGUCUGGCUCUGUCCUGUCGUUCCACAGUGACCUCAGACAGAGGCCCUCCCUGCCACCCAAGCUCGUACCCUGUCUCUGCCUAGUUUCUUGAUGACCUCGUCACUGGCUGUCUCCAUUUAUUUGUAUACCUCAUAUUUUCUAUCCCCACCAGAAUGUAAACUCCCUGAGGGCACAGACUUUUCUUGUUCUUCCUCUGUCCCCACAAUGAAGAUUAACCUGAACCUGGCAGAUCAUAGCCACUUAAUAAAUAUUCACGAACAGAUCA